UCUCCCUUCUUACCAUCCCAUUAAUUGUCCUUUUCUCCAUCUUCACUGCUUUGUAUUAGUUCAGCAUCUCCCACCUCAACGCAUAUCGUCUAUGGACUCCCUUCCUUUCCAGGUCCUUCUCUUCCUCUUCUCUUGCACAAGAUGAUCAAACUGCUUCUCAGUUAUCUAUGAUAUGUAUCUCCUUUCAAGUGUUGUUAUCUCUCUUAAUGAUUCUUUUGUUUGUUCUUUUUGGUUUGAAAUUGCACAUUGAAGAUUGAGCUCAGAAGCAUUCUAUUAAGAUUUCUUUCAUAUCACCUGGUAGCGUUGUUGAUUAAUUUUCUCUUAGUUAAAAUCUAAUUAGGGUCCAAUUCUCUAGAAAUAAAUUUCAUAUUGCUUUGGAUUCUUUAGAGCAUUGUCAUAAUCCUUUGGACCCAUAAUUCCUUUAGCUCACAAUUGGAAGAUUGACAUGGAAACUAAACCCAACUCCUUAGUCAAGUUCAAGUUCUGUUCCUUAUUCAUUACCUCUCAAAAAUUUAUCUUUUGGCACAGAAAUCCUAGUAAUAAAUUUCCAGUAUUCUUUAUUUCCACCAUGAUCGCCACAUAUUCGACAAUAAGCCAAACCCAAGUUGAAAAUGUUUUGGACGAAGGUGUAGAGCAGCCAAAGGACUCUGUAGAGGUUCUUAGGAGAUGGGGUUGUAGUGACAAUGACAUAUUAAAAAUUUUGUCACGCCGCCCUUCUCUACGCAAUGCUGAUCUUAACAACCUUCAGUCCAAACUAUGUUUACUUCAGGGCUUAGGUAUCACUUCAACUGACCUUGUUAAGGUCAUCAAUUGUCGCCCUCGAUUCCUUAGUAGUCGCAUCAAUCGUUGCUUUGAUGAACGACUGGAGUAUUUUAUGGCAUUGUUUGGAUCAAGGGAAAUUCUACUUAGGGCCAUUAUCAGGAACCCUUCGCUACUGACAUAUGACUUCCACAAUAGUAUUAAACCUGCCAUUGCACUAUAUGAAAGUAUGGGUGUUAGUAAAAAGGAUUUGAUUCCUAUGCUCUUGUCACGGCCAACUUUGAUUCCUCGUUCUUCAUUUGAUGAUGAGAAGAUGGAGUACAUACGCAAAACUGGGAUUUCCAAGAAUUCCAAGAUGUAUAAAUAUGUAGUUACUCUGCUGGGUAUCUCAAGGAUUGACACAAUCCGCGAAAAGGUGACAAACUUUGAGAAGUUUGGGUUUACAGACGAAGAGGUUUGGAGUCUUAUUGGGCGUUCCCCCCUUUUGUUGACAAUGUCAGUUGAUAAGGUUCAAAGGAAUAUGACUUUCAUUGUGGGCACGAUGAAGCUCCCAGCAAAUGUGGUGCUUCAGUACCCAUAUUUGCUUUUAAAUAAUCUGGAGGCUGUAUUGAAGCCUCGGGUGCUGCUUGCAGGUAAAAUAAGGGACAUGGGUCUCUCCAUACAAAUUAAAGGACCUCUGAUGUUUAGAGCACUGAGGAUGAAAGAAAACCGAUUCUUGAAGGCUUUUGUUUGGUGUCAUCCAAAGGAAGUUGCUGAACAGCUGAUGGAGUUCUAUGUAGAGGCAAAGGGUUUAAAGCGAUUGGCUGAGACCUCAAAGAAAAGUUUGCGUAGAGGGUUUCCGUUCUGAACAUUGUUGGCUGCUUGCUAGAUGCAUAAUUUUUUUGGCAACCUUUUUUUUCUGAUUGAUUUUUCGACUAUCUUGACUAUUGAACUUUGAUUUGCAGCAUUUUCAGCAGUCACAAAUAUAAGUAUGUGCUUUUAUA